AGAAAAGGGUUCCGUGGCAAUAUGGUUCCCUAUGUUUAUUAGUAUUUAUUAAUUAAGAAGACAAGAAAUAGAAUAGAACACAAGCUCUUUAUAUAUAUCACUCUCAAUCUUUCUAUUCUAUCUAAUGAACUGUCUCUCUGCACCUUUCUUUCACAACACAUAAUCAAAAAAAGCAUAUCCAAGGUGUGGUGGUUAACUUGUCCAUCUAUCUAUCAAUCAAUCAGUCAAUCAAGAGACCAAUCAUCAAACCGAAUAUAUAAUGUCGUCCUCUUCAACCACAACAUUAUCCUUGGACCACCUCCCUCCUUCCGAGCAACUUUGUUAUGUCCACUGCACCAUCUGUGACACCAUCCUUGCUGUGAGUGUUCCUUGCACAAGCUUGUUCAAGACCGUGACUGUGAGAUGCGGUCAUUGCACUAAUCUGCUUCCAGUCAACAUGCGUGCAUUACUUCUGCCAUCCCCUAAUCAGUUUCAUUUGGGACACUCUUUCUUCUCCCCAACUCAUCAUAACCUUCUGGAGGAGAUGCCAAACCCAGCUCCAAAUUUUAUGAUGAACCAUAUAAAUGCACCAAAUGAUUUCUCUAUGCCUCCUACUAGGACUGUAGCUGAUGAGCUUCCACGCCCACCAAUCAUAAACAGACAGAAAAGACAGAGAGUUCCCUCAGCAUACAACCGAUUCAUCAAGGACGAGAUCCAACGCAUUAAGUCUGUCAAUCCUGAUAUAACCCACAGGGAAGCCUUCAGCGCAGCUGCCAAGAAUUGGGCCCACUUCCCACACAUUCACUUUGGUCUCAUGCCUGAUCAGACUAUGAAGAAGACAAAUGUGUGCCAGCAGGAAGGAGAUGAUCAGAUUCUGAUGAAAGAUGGGGGAUUUUAUGCUUCAGCAAAUCUUGGUGUUUCGCCCUACUAAUGCAUCAAUCUCUAUAUGGCUUAAUAAUAUAAUGUUAUGUUGAUAAUCAAGGACUACUACAUUAUCACUAGGUAGCUCUUUUGGGUUUUUGCAUAUGCAUGUAAUUCGCUUUUUCUUAAUUUAUGAACUUUCAUGUCCUUUAAUUUCCUUAGUACUACCGUAGCUGGUUACUUAUCUAAUCAAUAAUUAUAGCCUUGCUUUCUAGUUACAA